UAUGAAGCAAGGUCUACCGUGACGUCACUGGUUACUUUGGCAACAGUAAACAACAAUAUGGAGAAAGGUGAUUCAACCAUAAUGCUUCCUUCUAACCAGAUGUCCACAUUUUCUGAUGUUGGAGCGAUCAUCCUGGCAUUUGGGUAAAGCUGCCGGUGAUGCCCGGCAGACCUCCACCUCCUUGUCCGACAGAAUAAAGCAACUGUAGCUUCCAGUCUUACCCUUUUAUUGUCUUCUUCUCUUAAGUGAGAACUAUUAAGAAUACUGUAAUUUAUAAUUCUUACCUGUCUGUCAAGAUGCCUAUUCAUGUCACAGACUAUACUUGGCAGCAGACCAGUGAAAAGAUCUUGUUAUCUCUUGAUCUACAUCAGACAAGUCCUAAGAAUGUUGACAUAGUGACUACCAACUCCUAUCUCAAGGUGAGUUUUUUGCCAUACAUAUUUGAAGCAUUUUUGUGCCAUAUGAUAAAUGCAGACCAGAGCACGGCCCAGAUCAUGAAGGGACAAAUAAAGUUUGAUUUGGCCAAGGAAGAUCAUGUGCACUGGAGUGAUCUCUGUCUGAAGUUGAGUCGUGAAGAGAUGCAGAACAAGAGGCAAGAAGCCAUUAAAGAUGUUGAAGAGCAAGAGAAGAAAAGCAAAAGCAAAAAAAAGAGGAGUGUAAUCGCCGUGAAAGAUUUGCUGUCGCUAGAACAGAUUUCAGAAGAUGACAAAGUGCGAGAGGAACGUAAAAAGUUGAUAGAAAGAGAAAAAACGGACUUCCUUAAACAAACAAUUGAAGAUGACCCUCAGAACAACCAAACACAAGAUGCUACAAGUAAACCUGAUAUCCGUCGUCGGAUUAGCAGCAUGUGCUCUGAAGAUGGCACCGCUGUGGCACAGGAGAUGGAUUAUGAUGGUGAUGGUGAAGACAGUAUCUAUUAUUCAUCUACAGAGAACCUUCAUCUUAAGAAUGGUAAUGUGAAGAUUGAUAAAGUGGAUAAUGGAAAUCGUAAGCAACGGAAAUCUAGCUCAAUUCGCAAAGCAGCCCUCAAGGAUAAAGAAGAGAAAAGGAAAGAAGAGAAGAAGAAGGUCACUACAGUACCACCAGUAUGGGAGAAUUGUAUCAUUAAAGUAAAACACACGACCAGGGUCUUCCCAACACCAAGUAGAGAGUCGACUCAAGCAGAAGAACAGCAGUGGCUCACCUCCCAGUCAGUCCAUUCUUCUGCUGCUAAAGACUUCAGCUCAGAGAGCAGUGAGGAGCACCUCAAGAAGAAAGCAAUAUCUUUGUUCAGCAACGGAGAUUAUCGUGGGUGUGUCAAUGCGUGCACUGAGGCUCUGAAAGUCAACCCAUGCAUGUCGUCUUUGUAUAGUAAUCGAGCAGCUGCUAAUUUAGCUUUGAAUAAUUUACACCAUACCAUCAAUGAUUGCACGAAGGCUCUCGAGUUACUUACUCCACCCACUGAGGACAAUAGUAAGUCACGGUUACUCUGCCACAUCCGGCGAGGCACGGCAUUUGUCCGUCUUGGCCUUUUAUCCGAGGGUUUAGCAGAAUACCAGGCAGCUCACCAAAUAACCCCUGAAAAUAAAACUCUGAAAAAAGAUGUGGAGAAGAUACAAGCUAUGAUAACAACUUCUACGGACUCGGGAGAUUCAAAUGAGGAUGACAGUGGCUGUGGUGAAGAUGGAGUCAGUGUUGGAUUCCAUAUUCGGACAAGGCUUGGCGGGAAGACAAGUUACCUGGAGCAGUGAUUGGUCGGUGAGACCAGUGCUCAUUGAGACUCAGAGGGGGGAAGUGCUGCCGGUCGUCUCUCUCACCUGACACGCUGUUCUUUAAAGAUGAUGAAUCCAAUUGGUUGUGUAGCUGCUGUGCUGAAGACAGUUCGCUGCAACAAUGGUCGUCAGCGUGGGUCACCUUAUUGGCUGAGGAUGAUGACGACUUAAAGAUGAAGGAUCCAACAAAUGACCCGAGAGUUUUCUGGUGAACCGACUCUUACUGCACGGCCCUGCACCAGUCCAGGUUGGGGUACAGUCCAGGAAAUAUUAUUCUGGACUUUGUGGUUGGUGGUUACCAAGAAGCUGGACUGCCUGCUGCAGCUGCAGUCGUCCUGGACUGCCUGCUGCUGCUGCCGCCGUCCUGGACUGCCUGCUGCUGCUGCCGUCCUGGACUGCCUGCUG